AAAAAAAAAAAAAAAAAACCCAAGAGAGAGAAAAACCCUAGUAUUGAAGAAUAUGAACUAUUCUCAUGCUUGUCUGAAUAAAUGGGCACUGUGUUAUGUGGAAAGAUGAUAUGGAUAACCCCACAAACUCAUGGUUCAACAUUGCACGUGCUUUUCUUUUCAUACAACCUUUAAUUAUUCCUGCAUGAAUAGCUCUAUCCAAAUAGUGCCAACCUUUCAUUCAUCUUAGUUUCUGUACUUUUUAUUCUGUCUUCACAACCUUUUCCUUCAGUUUUGUUGUACUAAUCUUGUAGUUUUAGUUGUAGUCAUGCUGUUAGAGUUUGUUCAAUCAUCAGUUUUCACAGUGGUAGUGCUUUGGGCACUGAUUGACUUCCUGAACUUCAGGAGAGAACAUGAAGCUCAUAAUCAUCUUAUUUUGUUCACAAGUCAAACACUUGACAAAGUUACUCUUCUCUGUAACUUUUUGAUCUCUGUUUUACAUCUUUGUUCAUUUGUUUAUCAAGUUUUCAUGGUCAACAAAACAAGCUUUUUGCUUUCAUUGCUUUUACCAGCUCUGUCUUGGCUUUUUGCUGCUGUGUUUGCAUUUUACUGCAAGAUAAGAUCAAGAAGUUGCUGUAGGCACUGCAAGUGGCCACUAGUUCUUGUUUCUUGGUGGAUCUUUUCUUUGUUUUUUGAUCCUGUUUCAAUCUAUAAAUCAAGAACAAACGUUGUUCUUGGCGUUGUGAUCUUCAUUCUCACUGCAUAUCUCUGUUUCAUUGCUAUUUUCAUGAACUCCGGUGAGCCUCUCAGGGAGUUAAGGCAGCCAUUAUUGGUUGAAGGAGACAAAGAGGUCUUCGGAGAUGCCGGGUUUUUUAGUCGGGUUUUGUUUCAAUGGUUAAACCCAGUGUUUGAAAUUGGAAAGAGACGUAGGCUUGAGCUUCAUCACAUUCCUCCAGUUCCUGAAGAUGAAACUGCAGAAAAAUCAUACUGUUUGCUGCAAGACUCUCUGUUCAUGCAAAAGACUGAAGUUUCAUCUCUUCCAAGAGCCAUAAUUCACUCAGUUUGGAAGCCAUUAGCCAUCAAUGCAUUGUUUGCAGGGAUUAACACACUCUGUUCCUACAUUGGUCCAUUUCUCAUAACCACUUUUGUUGAAUUUCUCUCCGGUUUCAAUCAAUCAAAAUGGAAUGGUAGUUAUGGCUACAUACUUGCUUUCCUCUUCUUCCUCGGCAAAACGGUUGAGUCUCUGUCUCAAAGGCAAUGGUACUUCGGUGCACGCCAAAUAGGCAUUCGUGCUCGUGCCUCUCUAAUGGUGUCGAUAUAUAACAGGUCUUUGACAUUGAAGUAUUCGACUUUGAGCAAUGGCAAGGUUAUGAACUUUCUCAAUGUCGAUGUAGAGAGGAUCGGAGAUUUCUUCUGGUACUUCCAUAGUAUUUGGUUGCUCCCAUUUCAAGUAUCUUUAGCUCUAGUCAUUCUUUAUCGGAAUCUUGGCGCCGCUGCUUCUUUCUCUGCAUUCAUUGCGACGAUUCUGAUUAUGAUUAGCAAUACUCCAUUGGCUAAUUCUCAAGAGAGGCUUCACUCUAUGAUCAUGGAGGCGAAGGAUUCGAGAAUUAAGACUACUGCCGAGACACUGAAAUGCAUGAGAAUUUUGAAGCUUCAUUCUUGGGAGAAUGCUUACUUGAACAAGAUACUUAAGCUCAGAGAUUUGGAGAGGAAAUGGUUGAAGAGAUAUCUUUAUACUUGUUCUGCCAUUGCCUUCCUGUUUUGGGCUUCUCCGAUGCUUGUUUCGGUUGUUACUUUCGGUGUUUGUAUACUAGUAAAGAUGCCAUUGACACCAGGAUCGGUCCUUUCGGCCUUAGCCACAUUCAGAAUCCUACAAGAUCCGAUCUAUAAUCUUCCUGAACUUGUUUCAGUGAUCACGCAAACAAAGGUGUCAUUUGAUAGAAUUCAAGACUUUGUCACAGAAGAACAACAGAAGAAUUCGAGAUCGAACUUUAGUAAAAGAGGUUCAAACAUUGCUAUUGAGAUUGAGCCAGGGGAGUAUGCAUGGGAAGCUGAUUCGAAUACGAAAAAGGCAACACUCAAGAUUGACAGGAAGCUUAUGAUCAUGAGAGGCCAGAUGGUUGCCGUGUGCGGGUCAGUCGGGUCGGGAAAAUCAAGCCUGCUUUGUAGUAUAAUUGGUGAGAUACCGAAGAUCGGCCGUGCAGGGAUUAAUGUAUUUGGAUCAACUGCUUAUGUACCGCAAAGUGCUUGGAUACAAACUGGCACAGUCAGAGACAAUGUGUUAUUCGGAAAGCAUAUGGAGCAAAGAUUGUACGAUGAGGUGAUUCAGGGAUGUGCAUUGGAUCGAGACAUCGGUUUAUGGAUCGACGGAGACAUGACAUUGAUCGGAGAGCGUGGCAUUAAUCUUAGUGGAGGCCAGAAACAGAGAAUUCAGCUAGCAAGAGCUAUUUACAGUGAUUCAGAUAUUUAUCUGCUAGAUGAUCCUUUUAGUGCUGUCGAUGCUCACACCGGAGCUCAUCUUUUCAAGGAAUGUCUAAUGAGACUCUUGGCGUGUAAGACAGUUUUCUUUGUCACCCAUCAGCUUGAAUUUUUACUGGCUGCUGACCUUGUUCUGGUAAUGAGAGAUGGAAAGAUAGUUCAAUCGGGGAAAUACGAAGAACUGAUUGCAGAUACCGAUGGCGAGCUGAUGCAACACAUGGCUGCACAUAAACAAUCACUAAGCCAAGUAACACCGUCUCUAAAAAUGCAUAGCCAGUUACUAAGUACAAAACAAAAGAUCGAACAAUCUGAUCAUCAAGAAGUGCAGUCCAUUAGCCACAUUAGAAACUCUGAUUGUUCGGAGAAAACAAAUGAGGAAGAGCGGGAAUCUGGCCGCGUAAAAUGGCAUGUUUACCGUACUUUUGUGACUUCGGCUUAUAAAGGAGCUCUAAUUCCUUUAGUUCUACUUUGUCAAGUUAUAUUUCAAGGACUGCAGAUUGGCAGCAAUUAUUGGAUUGCAUGGGCAAGUGAGAAAGGUGAUAUAGUGAGCAAGGAAAAAAUGAUCGGAGUUUUCAUUAUGUUGUCGGUUGGAAGUUCUUUGUUUGUGUUGGGACGAGCGGUUUUGCUUGCAAACAUUGCUCUUGAGACAGCUCAGAAGCUUUUCCUUGGCAUGAUGAAGAGUGUGUUCCGUGCUCCUAUCUUCUUCUUUGAUACAACUCCUUCAAGCCGAAUCCUCAAUAGAUCUUCUACAGAUCAAAGCACUGUCGAUACCGACAUUCCCUACAGAUUAGCAGGACUGGUCUUCGCUCUUGUUCAGCUCUUGUGCAUCAUAAUUAUCAUGUCUUCAGUUGCAUGGCCAGUGAUACUAGUUUUCAUCAUAGUGCUUGCAAUCUCCUACUGGUAUCAGAAUUACUACAUUAGCACGGCAAGAGAACUAGCUCGAAUGGUUGGAAUAAGGAAAGCUCCAAUCCUCCACCAUCUCUCAGAAUCAAUCACCGGUGCAGCAACCAUCCGCUGCUUCAAUCAGGAGGACCGUUUCAUCGCAAGAAACCUUUCCUUGAUUGAUGACUAUUCCCGUGUCACAUUCUACAACUUCGCAACCAUGGAGUGGCUUUCUGUUCGGAUUAACUUCCUUUUCAACCUCGUAUUGUUCUUCGUACUAAUCAUACUUGUGACCUUGCCGAAAAAUGCUAUCGAUCCCAGUCUUGCAGGACUAGCUGCUACAUAUGGUUUGAAUUUGAAUGUGUUGCAGGCUUGGGUUAUAUGGAAUCUCUGCAAUGUAGAGAACAAGAUGAUAUCAGUUGAGAGAAUUCUUCAAUUCUCCGGCAUACCAAGCGAGGCUCCAACAGUGAUUGAUGAUUGCCAGCUGGAAGAAGAUUGGCCAACAUGUGGAACUAUCGAAUUCGAUGAUCUUCAUGUUAGCUACAAUCCCAGACUUCCCAAGGUACUCAGAGGUAUCAGUUGCACAUUCCCAGGACAGAGAAAAAUCGGAGUUGUUGGCAGGACAGGGAGCGGGAAAUCAACACUGAUUCAAGCUCUAUUCAGGAUGGUAGAACCAUUAGAAGGGAAAAUCUUGAUCGAUGGUGUCAACAUUUUGAAGAUAGGAUUGCAUGACUUGAGAUCAAGAUUGAGCAUAAUACCACAAGACCCAACUCUGUUCCAAGGAACAGUUAGGACAAAUUUGGAUCCUCUGCAACAACAUUCAGAUUCGGAACUAUGGGAGGCUUUGCGGAAAUGCCAUCUUUGGGAAAUAGUGAAACAAGACCAUCGGCUGCUUGAUGCACCAGUUGCGGAAGAUGGAGAGAACUGGAGUGUAGGACAGAGACAAUUAGUUUGCCUGGCUAGAGUGUUACUGCAAAAGAGGAGAAUUCUUGUUCUUGAUGAGGCUACAGCAUCAGUAGACACCGCAACUGAUAAUUUGAUUCAGAAGACUAUAAGAGAAGAAACUAGUAAUUGCACAAUCAUCACCGUAGCGCAUCGUAUUCCCACUGUCAUCGACAGUGACCUGGUUUUGGUACUUGAUGAAGGUCGGAUUUUAGAGUUUGAUUCUCCAAACAACCUUCUCAGAGAUUCAUCAUCGGCUUUCUCAAAGUUGGUGAUUGAAUAUCUAGGAAGGAAUCAGAGAGACAAUGGUUUUGAAUUUACAUAAAAUGUGAUGGCAUAAAGCGUGGGAGAAAUCAAAUUGUAAAAUAAACAGCAGAAAAAGAAGCUAAACUGCAUCGAUCAAUUACAUAUACAGGAAUGUCGACUAGCGUAAGAAGGUCAAGGCAGAUAGAUUUGAUACAGAAUUUGAAGCAAAGCGAAUGUAAAUAGACCAUGAAUUCUGCAUUACAUAAACUAUUUUCACAUUCAUGUCA